CUUAUCGGAUGGGAAGAAGAUUCCUGGAGGAAGGUGGGUGAAGUUUUUCGGUGGUAUAGGGGGGUGCGGUUGGGAGAUGGCCGUCGGCGUGAUGGGAAUCUCAGAGACUUCAGGCGAUUGUGGCGUGGUGAUACCGAUCGAUCCCAGAGUGAUACCCGGUGGAACGGAGAGGUUCUCUUCGGGGGAGGGGAGGCUUCCCUGAUUCCACUUAUCACCAAUUGCUCCAUAUCUUUCGAAGUACGUCGAACGAGCGCCUGUCUUGGUGGAACCGAAGCGGAGGUGACAGGCAGGGCGAGUUGGAGCGGUCGAGCUGUAACUGAAGUUCGAGCAGAGGAAGAACUAUUAGAAUUCCGGUGGAUUGCUGACCCUGGUGGUGCUGGAAGUGUGGCUCGUGCCGCAGGCGCUCGAUAGUUACUCGACGAUGAUUCGUAGACAAUGAACCAUCUGAGACUCGUAGAGUCGUUGCAGAAAGGGUUCCAGAGACGGGCAGGCUUGACAUGCAAUCAUUUGCUGGAAAUCCACUUGGCCUGCUGCGUUUUUGCAUUCCCCGUAGUAGCAAUGGGCGCUGGCAUUGACUCGUUGUCAAGUUCUUCAGGUGGCAUGUUCACGUAGAUGCCCUGACCAUCAAGAUCCACGACUCGGGUUCCGUAAGUGAUAUAAGGCUUCGCUUCCUCAAACAUACAGGCGUGUAUACCAGCAAUGAAGGGGACUGGAGAUUCUAAGAAUGGAAGCAGUUUCCUAGGCAAAAUUGGAUAGAUAGGUGAGGCCCAUGAGAGGGGAAAUAAGAGGGAUAUCGCCGCGAUAAUACAACACGUCAGCCGUUGUCGACUUUUCGAGUAAAAAAGAAUACUCUUUUCCAAAAGCAUACUGGUAAAAAUAUCGAUCCAUUGUGCGUGCCCCAAAGAGGAAUAGUAUUGUUCAAAAGCUUUCAAAAAGUAAGGGUUAUUUGAAGUUGGAAUGAGUAGGCGAAUAUCCAUAGGAGGAUUGCGUCCUUGUGUUUGUGGCUCUGAAGUGUUGGGAAGAGGAUAUGGAACGGAAAUGGCAUUCUUAUUGGCUGGAGGCGGUUUAAUGUCCUUAAUCUUUUCGAGGAAUUGACGAAGAGUUUGGAGCAUCUCCGGCUUGAAGAGCUCCUUCGAUUUUACCUCCUCGAGUAUUCGUUGGAAACAAUCAAACCAAGGAAGAUAGCUGGUAAAACAUAUAAAUAGCCCAUUUGAUGUCUGAAGGCAAUGUACAUAUUCAGGCCGUCCUGUGCCAUCGGUAAACAGAAAGAAGUAGAAUUCAGUAGAAAGUGGUGCUUUACAACAUCCUAGACCGAAUUCUAUAAUACGAUCAACGAGCUGACUGAUGGUGUCACUGGGAAAGAUAAUCCUAGUUUGCUUAGUGUAAUUUUCAUAGAUGACAAAAUAGUUAAAAAUGCACUCAGCGUCUCUGAAAAAUAUUAGUUAUAGAAAUACUUUAUACCUGUUAAUCAAAUUAA